CUCCGCACAGUUUCUGUUGAGCUCUCGCGAUUAUCGGUUCGUUCGUUCCGUUUUGCCUUGUUCGUGCAUAGUCGCGUUCGAUCCCGUGUGUAGAACACAGCCCUACUACUGUAGCUGUUGCUUGAACAGCAGUCCGGUUUUCGGGCGUGUACAGUGCGAAGUUUUUCUCAGUCGGCCGUCCGUUUCUUUUCCUGGGUACGAAAGAAGACGCAAGAAAGUGCUGAAGUACGAUUUUGUCGAAAUUUUAUAAAUAUUUUUCCUUUUUAAACUUCGUUUGUGUGUUUAACGUUUUAAAUUUCGUCGGCGGUGUGUGUCAGCAGUGUGUGAGAGAGGUGUUCGUCACGCUGGUUCGCGUUUUGAUAAAAUAAAAAGUGUACGGAGAAGAGCUCACGCACUUACAGUUUUGAGAGGAGCGCACAUCUCUGUGAAGGCGAGCGCACUUGUUUGAUUACGUGUAAACUUGCAGGGGCAUAGAGGCACCACAAACCCGGCAGGAUGGCGUUCAUAUUCUCAGAAAUGUACGACUGGUACAGAGAUCUGAUGGACAAUAAAAGUGAUCCCCGAGUGGCAGACUGGCCGAUGAUGUCCUCGCCCGUGCCCACACUAGCGCUGUGCAUAUUCUACGCUUACUUUAGCAAAUCGCUCGCACCAAAGCUGAUGGAGAAGCGAAAACCGAUGGACCUUAGGAACUUUCUCGUCGUUUACAACCUGUUCCAAACUAUCUUUAGUACGUGGAUAUUUUAUGAGUAUUUACAAAGUGGAUGGUGGGGCCACUAUAGCUUUAGGUGUCAACCGGUAGACUACUCCAACAAUCCCCUUGCCUUACGGAUGGCGCGAACGUGCUGGUGGUACUACAUCUCCAAGUUCACCGAGUUCUUCGACACGUUGUUCUUCAUCCUGCGGAAGAAGUACCAGCACGUGUCCACCCUGCACGUCAUCCACCACGGCUGCAUGCCCUUCUCGGUCUGGAUGGGCAUGAAGUUCGCACCAGGUGGCCACAGCACCUUCUUCGCCAUGCUGAACUCGUUUGUACAUAUUGUUAUGUAUUUCUACUACAUGGUGGCUGCCCUCGGACCAAAGUACCAGAAGUACAUCUGGUGGAAGAAGUACCUCACCGCGUUCCAGAUGGUUCAGUUCGUGGCCAUCUUCACGCACCAGUUCCAGCUGCUGUUCACCAACUGCGACUACCCGAAGGGCUUCAUGGUGUGGAUCGGGCUGCACGGCGUCAUGUUCCUGUUCCUGUUUUCGGACUUUUACAAACAGGCGUACAGCAAACGGCGCGAGGCGGCGGCGGCCCGGAAGCGACAGGCGGAAAUGGACGCGAUGGCCAGCAGCGGCGGUCAGUACGAUGCGGUGGCCGUUAACGGCAGUGUCAAGUCGGCCAACGGGAAGCUGCUGCAGCAGAACGGGCACCAUUUGUACCAGAACGGGAAGGAGCUGCUGCUCACCAACGGGGAUUUGGUGAACAACAACCAGGGCGCGUGCAUGCCCAUUCUGGAGGACGGCGAGGAGGCCCACCGGCGCAAGGUUACGGGCAACGGCAUCUACGCCACGAAUGGGGGCCCGAAGGGCGCGGCCAACUCGUACAUGAACGGAAGUUCGCCGAACGGCGGAUUCGUCGAGGCCGUCGACGGCAGCAGUGACAACGCGACGGCGACCGUCCGGCGGAAGAUGCAAUAACACCGUGGACACGGCCGGCAGCGGCCCCGGCGCAACCGGAAUCGGGGCGGCGGCGCUAGUCGGCACCAAAGCCAUCGCAGCAAGGAGGAGGAGGAGUAGGAGUAGGGAGAAGAUUAAAAGAAGGUUUUUUUUUUUCUUUGAGUACGUGUUAGGGUUAGGAUCUAAUGUGUCACUUAGUUUAGCGUUUCCCUCCAAACUGUUUUUCUUGACUAUUUGUUUUUUUUUCUUUUUCAGGAAAUAAAAACAAUAAAAGAAGAAGAAAACUGUUUAGUUUGUAGCUAGCUUUUUCUAAUAGGUCCACAAUCUUACAAUUUGUGGAAAAGUGGUGAGAAGUUUAAUUAAAGCAAGGAAAUAAACUUAAACUAAACUCUGUCUAAUUAGUUACGAAACGAAAGCAAAAGCCACAACUGCAUGAGCGCCGCGUGUGUGUGGAAAUCUUUUAGCGUGUGAGCGAGAAGAAGAAAACAAAACUGAACGAGAAUUGCAUGAGCGAACUGUAGAGAGACGUUGUAAGAAUUAGUCGUUUUGUGGUGCAAGGGGAAAAAAAAAGUUCGAGCUGAAUCGCGAACAAAUGCAUUUGCAAAUCGAAAAAUAAUGCUUUUCUUUUUUCUUAAAUUCCCCUUAACUAAAUGAGAGAAGUCAAAUCUGAGACGAGUGCGCGCGUGCGCUGAAAGCAACACACCCCCGACACAACAAUUCACGUAGAAAACGAAAGCUAAGCUAUUUUUGUACCAAGUCUUUAUCACAAACAAACCAACAAGCAAAAAUGUUACAAAGUUUGAACUUGACCUCGAAGCGAAACGAAUAAAACUCUGCCAGCAGCUGGCUUAAAAAUCAAAAGCGCGACUGUCUUUACACACACACACACUAGAAAGAAUGAAACUGUUGGCUGAAGCUUCCGGCGAGCGCCACCCAAUCCCACCAGGAAAUACAGAUAAAAAAAAACACACACACACAACCCUUGAAGUUUAAACAAUACUAAAUAAGCAUUUGUGUGCCGCAUUUGAGGUUUCUGGGAGUUUGCUCGCGGUUGUUGCUUUUGGGGUGGAAGUAAGGGAAUUCAAAGAGAGCUUUGUUGCUUUUUGAACUUGAUUUCAAAAAUAAUUUUCUUUUUAUCUUUUGAAUCGCCUAGGGGAACAGCAUCUAAUUCCAGCGUGCCUCUAAUGUUGCCAUAUCAGCACUUUGGCACUCAAUUACAGCUCAUUAGAAGCGUUUUCAACUGAAAUCGAGUGAUAAAUAGUUUGUAUCAAUUUUAUUUUGCAAAAUAAGUUGUUUAAAUGGUGAAAAUCGGCAAAUUAGAUGGAGUUAGGAGAAAGUGCUUAACAUUUCUCAAUAAAUGUUUUCUACAAAUUUAAGCACUUCAAAUGUCCAUCAAAUUUUCAAAAAACAGGAAUCAAGUUGCAAUUCAAAUUGGUCGACUGAAUAGAAUGAAGACAAAAGCUUGAGUCUUAUCCGUGCAGGAACUUUAGCUUUUUGGCUAUUCAUAAUAAAAAACCAUGCUGUUUUUUCAAGUUUACAAUUUAAAAUCAAAGUAGGCGUCUUCAGAGCUCCUGAAAUGGUCCUUCUGAAAUUUAAUCAAUAUCGAUGCAGAUUGGACAAUCUUGUCGAACAAAACGAUUUUUUUUUUUGCUGCGAUUUGCAAAAUUACUUUUUAAAAAUUAAAAAGAAUUCGACACAGAAUUUUGUUCUAAGCGGGCUCUUUUCUUGAUGCUUUGCUUUUGCAGAAAAGUUUAAACACUCAACUGCGAAAGGUGCUGCUCGAUAGUUGCGGCAAAGAUGUUUGUAUGAUUGGUCAUGUCUGUAACAUAACGAGCUGCUUCUUUCUAUUGCCUUCCUCACUGUUUACUCAAACCUCCUAGGACCGACCUUUAUUUCUACUUGUCGACUCAGAAUUAAAUUUUGAGCAAUUCUGACGUUUGGAUUGGUGGAUUCAGUAACGUUUUAUUUGUUAAAAUAAAAUAAUCAUUUAAUUAUUUUACAAAUUUGUAUUCAUAAGAAUAUAAUUGAUUUUUAUAUGAAUUUGUCAUACUGCUUUCAACGUUUUUAAGCAUUUUCAAAAGGUUUUAAGCAUUUCUGGAUUGAGUAUACAAAACAUAUUUAGUUUUUUUUUAAUUUUCAAACAUUUGUUUUAUCAUUGCUGUCAAACUUUUGCCAUUCAAAUUCUCUUUAUUUGUGGCUGUUCUUAUACAAGGUUUUAAAUAGUUUUUUGUACCCGUGGUGUUGUAAAAAUGUUGGUCAUAAAGCAAUCCUCUAACAAAUGUUAAGUAAAUUAUUGUGACUUUGUGCUAUUGACUGAUGCAAGAAGUGAUUGUUUUUGUUUGUUUUCGACCCCCCCAGCAAACAUCAAACCAAACGAAAUUGCUCCCGGAUCUUUCCCGAAAGAGAAAUGACUGAUUUGACGUUUACUGGGGGUGUCGAAAAGCUUGGUGAAGUUUUUUUUUCAUAACAUUAUUUUUAUUAUGUCCUUUUCGGUGCUGGAACCUGGUUAGGACCGAGUCGGCUUUUGUAAUUACAUUGUUCUUAAUGCUAAGAGUAAUUACAGAGGAUCUUGUGUGUAAAUGUUAGUGGAGGGGAGCCGAUUACCCGCGGCCUACUCGGGGUUAGUAGGGAAGGGAUUGAUGUUAAAAGACAAGGCGUGGGAAGGGAAGGGGAUUUUGUAGGGGUCUUGGUUGGCUCUGCUGAACCAGAAACGACGGCUUUGUGUGAGCUUGGUGAAGUUACUGCAUGCAAAAUAUUUUCGCUAUCGAUCGCGCACUAGUCUUCCAACCGACCAUAAUAUUUACCUUUUUUGACAGAAAGGGUGGUGUAGCGAUCAAUUUACCCAGGGUUGCCAGAUAAAACUAAGAAUAGGGUCCUUAAACCCUAUGUGAAUUUGUAUGUUCAUUUUUGAUAACUUUUUUUUCAAUUUAACGCAACAAAAAAUGGCAAGACAACAUUUUACGAUGGAUCAACUCUGGUCUUCUUGUAACGAGCUGUCAAGUUAAAAGUUUUAUGUCAAGAAGGGCCGCGAAGUAUUUUUUUUAAAAUUGAAUUCAAACCCAUUUUGAAUCCAUUGCGGUCGUACAAAGAGUCACUGUACCCAG